CUGCCCUGCCCCGCCCCGCCCCCGGCCCUCUUCCUCCUCCCGCGGGCGGCCCAGCCCUCGCGCCCCGCGCUCCGCUGGCAGCCCCCUGCCGCCGCACCAUGUCCGCCGGCUGGUUCCGGCGCCGCUUCCUGCCAGGGGAGCCGCUCCCCGCGCCGCGGCCGCCAGGGCCGCGUGCCAGCCCAGUCCCCUAUCAGCGGCCCCGCUUCCUGCGCGGCUCCGGCUCCAGCCCCGGCGCGGCAGACGCUUCGCGCCGCCCAGACUCCCGGCCCGUGCGCAGCCCCGCGCGAGGACGCGCACUACCUUGGAACGCAGGCUACGCCGAGAUUAUCAAUGCAGAGAAAUCUGAAUUCAAUGAGGAUCAAGCCGCCUGUGGGAAGCUGUGCAUCCGGAGAUGUGAGUUUGGGGCUGAAGAAGAGUGGCUGACCCUGUGUCCAGAGGAAUUCCUGACGGGCCAUUACUGGGCACUGUUUGAUGGGCACGGAGGUCCUGCAGCAGCCAUCUUGGCUGCCAACACCCUGCACUCCUGCUUGCGCCGGCAGCUGGAGGCUGUUGUAGAGGGCUUGGUAGCCACUCAGCCCCCCAUGCACCUCAGUGGCCGCUGCAUCUGCCCCAGUGACCCCCAGUUUGUGGAGGAAAAGGGCAUCAAGGCAGAAGACUUGGUGAUCGGGGCAUUGGAGAGUGCCUUUCAGGAAUGUGAUGAGGUGAUCGGGCGGGAGCUGGAGGCCUCAGGCCAGGUAGGCGGCUGCACAGCCCUGGUGGCUGUGUCCCUGCAGGGAAAGCUGUACGUGGCCAAUGCUGGGGAUAGCAGGGCCAUCUUGGUGCGGAGAGAUGAGAUACGGCCACUGAGCUCCGAGUUGACCCCAGAGACCGAGCGGCAGCGGAUCCAGCAGCUGGCCUUUGUCUACCCGGAGCUUCUGGCUGGCGAGUUCACCCGACUGGAGUUCCCUCGGCGGCUGAAGGGGGAUGACCUGGGACAGAAGGUUUUGUUCAGGGAUCACCACAUGAGGGGCUGGAGCUACAAACGUGUGGACAAAUCGGAUCUCAAGUACCCACUGAUCCAUGGACAGGGUAGGCAGGCUCGGUUACUAGGAACACUGGCUGUCUCCCGGGGCUUGGGAGACCAUCAGCUCAGAGUCCUGGACACAAACAUCCAGCUCAAGCCUUUCUUGCUGUCUGUCCCACAGGUGACUGUGCUGGAUGUGGACCAGCUGGAGCUACAGGAGGAUGAUGUGGUUGUCAUGGCGACUGAUGGACUCUGGGAUGUCCUGUCCAAUGAGCAAGUGGCAUGGCUGGUGCGGAGCUUCCUCCCUGGGAACCAAGAGGACCCACACAGUCUAUCUGCAGGAUGGUCUUCACAGGUUCUUGAAGCUGGCCCAGAUGCUGAUACACAGCACACAGGGGAAGGAAGACGGUCUCACAGGGGAAGGGCAGGUGUCCUACGAUGAUGUCUCUGUGUUCGUGAUUCCCUUGCACAGUCAGGGCCAAGACAGCAAUGGCCCCUGAGGAUUCAGACACUGUAUCCCAGAACUGCUCCAGUGUAUGGGUGUGGUUUGGGCAUCCUUCCAGUGUGACCAAGAGCAAAUCCUGCCUGCCCUAUCCCCAGCCACAGCCCAGUGCUCUCGGCAUUCACCUUGCCCACAAAAAGGUUCAAGAGGAACAUUUAUACCAGGCAGUCAGAGCUGGAAGGGUGUGGUGAGCCCAGCCCACCAGGUCCUGACUUUUGCAGUGAUAACCUCUCUGGUAGAGUGACUUUACAACUUAACCAGGAAACCCACGUGAGGCUCCUCAGACAGGCUCUUCAACAGCCCAAAGUAUCAUUCUCAGAUAGGGGCACCCAGGGUAAGGGUAUUAGCCAAAGAUGCCAGGAUGGGCAGCUAGCCCAUGUUUAAAUACAGGUCUCCAAUGCAUGGAUGUCAGGGCAUGUGUUCAACAACCCCCAAAGUCCAUGCAAGGUGCCUUGUAGAAACCUUUGGGCAGCCUCAUUUCUACUAAAACAGCCAUCGUCAAGACAGCCCCUGAAGAGACCAACUCAGGUCCUGCCCUGCUGUCCUUUGCUGGAGAGGAGGAGCCGGCUGUUGGGCUAAGGUUCAGGGUAGUGCACAAGGGACCAGAGAAGCUCCUGGAGUUGGCUGGGUGAGAGGGCUCUCCAUUUGCUGCUUGUAGCAGCCUGCCUGCUAACUGGUUGCUUCUCCCUAGUUCCAGCCCUGCCCUGGUCUGAUGCCCCAACUCUGCCUUUGCUUUGUUGUUCCCUCUCACCUCCCUAUUAAAUGUUGUGUACAGAAGA